UUCACUUCGCCAAAGAUCCGGGCUCGGGCUUUUCCAUGAAUCGAUACAACGCAAUCCACCGUUGAGGGGGCCGCCUCUACUCCUUCACCAACACUCGUCAAACAUCCUGACCAAUUAGAGCCGUUGCCCGCCAUCGCCCUCAUCAUGAUCGUGAGGCUGAGCCUGGACGAGUAUGACCGGCACUAUGACACAGACGACGUAUCCGUCACUUCAACUGUUCCCGACGAUCAAGCUAUUGAUGGUCAUGGCUACUUUGAAGUUGAAGCCAUCCUUUCCGAGGGAAACAAUGUUGACGACGGCACUACCGUUUACCUCACAAAAUGGCAGGGCUACCCUCCCCACGAAUGUACCUGGGAGCCGCGGGAGCACAUCGAAAACACCGGAAUGCUUCGUCUUUGGGAGGCCAACAAGCGGAAAAUGAGUGAAGACGACUUCACUGAAUUGGCAGACAGUAACCAUGACUUAUUCGAGGAAGCAAAGAUCAAGGCACAGGAGUUAAAGCAAAAGCGCCAGCUCAAACGCAAGAAGAAGAGGAAGCGGCGAGCGCCUGCUCAACAGCCACCUGAUGAAAGCGAUGAUAGCAAUGAGGAUGUACCUUUGAUAGCAAGAAAGCGAGCUCCAGGCCAGCAAACUCAAAGGUCUUCCGAGAAUGAACAGCACCGGGAUUCCAACAGCAAUCCAAACAAGAGAGCUUCCCUGAACAGGCCUCGCGUAAUCGUAAUUGAUUCUUCCGAUUCUUCCGACGAGGCUUCAGAUGAUUUUCUGAAACCACUUUUCGAUGACACUGGCUCUGAACCGAGAGCGAACGGGGGACUGGAUUCACUUUUCUACGACGUUGGCUCUGAGCCGACAGCGAAGGGACAUGAAGUUACGCAGCGUAGUGCCAGAUCGACAGAGCUGGCCCUUGUUCCUGGGCCAAGUAAAGAAAAGCGACAUAAGACGACCAGAAUCUCAACUGCGAAAGAUAUGCAAGAAAAAAGAUCAGAAGUUCCUGCUCAUCCAAGCGCUACAAAAGGAUUGCAGAGAAGAAGGGGGUCUGGAUCAACCGUUGACAAUGCAAACGCUAGUGCAACGAAAACUGCUUCCACAAACGCCACUCACGCCGAAAAAUCCGGGGGAAAAUCUGGCGCCCAUACAUCAACAUCUAAGGCAGUUAGAGGUAAACCCAGCUCUGCUAAGGAUGCUGCCACUACGACGAAGUCGGGCCCUUCAACUUCAAAGCCGAUGACUAAAAUUACACCCUCAAACAACAAGGACACCGCCAGAAUCAGAAGCCCGAUUAGGAUUGUCAAUGGCCCGAAACCACGAUCGCGAGAAUCUAAGACCACAAGGCAUUUCCAAACCUUGCAUGCUCGAGACAGUGGCAGAAAACGCUUUCAGGCCGAGGGGACUCCUGACCCAGCUUCUCUAGAAUUUGUCAACGGUAUCCCAACAGGGAAAGCACCACCAAGGGCCCAGCCAAAGACUUCCAUUCAAACGACCGACAACCCCUUCGGCCGCCGCGAAUCGAGUUCGCGAAGGCUUGUAUACAACUCGUCACCCUCUCCUCCACCAACAUACCCGUUGCAGCCUUACGAGAUCGAUAAGGUACCAAUGGUGUGCCUCGACUUUAGAUCUGGUAACUGCCCUUACUCAGCUCAGGAUUGUAGGUUUAUGCACCGGCACACCAGUCCUUCUGGGCGCCCGUAUAAGGUAGGCCCUCUGGAUGGAAAGAUACCUGGGAAAUACCUCAAACCAGCUUUGACCUGCCAUUACUGGCUGAGAACGGCGGGAGGCUGUACCAAGACUGCAGAAGAUUGCGACUUUGCACACCGUAACACAGGUCGAGUUAAACCUGGACCUAAUCAUUCUGUAGAAAUCAUUGACCGAAACGAGAUACCGGUGAAGGAUAAAUCUACCAAUUCUACACAAGCGGCUGAAAAACCUAUCUCUCCCUCACAAGCAGCCAUGGGAUUUAUAUCUCCUCCGCAAGCAGCUGAAAACCCUAUCACUCUUACACAAGCAGUUGCAAAACCUGUCGCUCCUACACAACCAACUAAAAAACCUGUCGCUCCUACACAGCCAACUGAAAAACCUGUCGCUCCUACACAACUAGUUGAAAAACUUGUCCCUCCUGCACAACCAGCUGAAAAAUCUAUCCUUCCUACACAGCCAACUGGAAAACCUGUCUCUCCUACACAACCACCAACUAGAAAACCUGUCUCUCCUACACAACCAGUUGAAAAACUUGUCCCUCCUGCACAACCAGCUGAAAAACCUAUGGCUCCUACACCGGCAAGCAUACACAGAUUCAUUGAUCCACUGCCAUUGGUCGUUGGUAGACACGAUCCCACAACUUCUGUCGCGGCUCCUGUAGCUCAGAUUCCCAUGAAGAACAGGAUUACCUGCCGGUACUGGUUAAGAGGUUACCUUGGCUGCAAGAUGUCUCCAGAGGCUUGCAAUUUCGCACACUGGAAUACUGGACGUAUUACUGCCCACAAUGGGAUCGAUAUCAAUGAACAGCCGCUGUUUGUGCCGGAAAGAACGUGUUAUUUCUGGAACCAACACGAAUGCCCGAAAGAAGACCAGUGUGAGAAUGCGCACAAAUACACAGGAUUUAUAGCAACUGCACCACCAGGUUGGAAAUCAAAAAUAACGGCACAUGACAAGUACCGGUACAAAGACGGGUACACUGAGCAGUACACUUGCUACCUUUGGACUCAAUCCAUGUGUGAAAAAAAACCGGAGAGCUGCCACUUUGUGCAUGCUUGGGGGGGUAUUGACGUUGCAGAUCCUCCGCUAGGGUUUGUGCAACUUCCCUCAAUACACGGACAGCAGAGUGUACAACCAACGCCUGGUCAUGCGCAACUGGAUAAACACAAGGCCCCUGUCCAAACCCCAGGGGCUCAAGGCGAAGAAAAAGAAGGCGACGAUUUGGUGAAUGCUUUGCCAGUAAUUCACAUGCAUCGCCCUAAGAAUGCUACAUUGGCAGCAGCUCAGCCAACUCUAUCGGUAAAAUCGCAAGCACCCGCCACGCCAGUAGAAAAAUCUACUAUGGAUCUAAAGAAAAGAAUCGAGCAGGCUUGCAAGCUGAAUUUCAAGGAGAUGUUCGUCUACAAUAGCGAGACCGUUCAAGAUGCUACGUUGGAUAAGAGAGCAUUCCUCGUUUUUCACCCAUGUCACCAUUUGGAAGAGCUAGAGGUACUGACACGGUGGUUGCUGAUUCAUCAUGUCGAGGUGUUCAACUUUUGGUCUAACGGCGGCGAAUGGGACGCGUUCAAAAAUGAAAUAGCGCAGGGAGGAACAGGCAUAGUGAUUACACACCCAGACUUUGAACUGUUUGCAGAAAUCUCGGGUUUCUCGCAAAUUCUCAAAGCUAAUGUCCGCAUUUGGUCCAUUGGGCACCAGCCUGGCCUGGAGUUCGAUACAAAUCUACCUCAUAUCUUCCCCGACAUUCAAUACCGAUACGACCGCAUCGAGAUCUUCCCUCAUGGCGGCAUUGUUUAUAUCACGGAUGACGUCUUCCUUAACCAACCCACGCAAGCCCUGGACAUCAUCAAACAUUUCAUUGCUAAGGUUGAAGCGUGCCGUCGCAUUAUCGACGGGCCCAUCGAUCCGUGGAGACUGGUCGAUUUUCUCCCAUGGCGCAUAGGUGUGCGACCUGAUUUUAUGGAAUUCCUCUACAACACUGUCUUGAGGUACGAAGCCGUACCUAUCAACAAAAACCCCAAUCUACAAGCCGCCAUUGCCGCUAGACGCUCUAGCCUCCUCGCACUCUACAAACUGCUCUCCGCGUACCCAUACAUCGAGCAAGAUAUUCCAUACGCUUCCGAAAACGACGACGGUACCGGUCCUAAUCCAGCUAUCCCCGACCCACACCCCCCAUACAGCACCCGCGCGGACGACUUUUUCCCCAUCAUCUCGGAGCGCCGCGCCGUCAUGGAAGACACAUUCUACAGAGCGCUAUCGGUCUCACAAAGCGCUGCCAAUACCAGCAUGGUCGAAUACUUUGGCGACAUGCUGCUCGUGCUACGCCACUCAUACCGUCGCUACUUCGUCGUGCACUCGACGCCCAAGGACGUCUCGGCGCAAGACUGGGUGCAACGCAUCAAUGUACUGGAGGAGGUCAUUACGCCGGAGCGGUGUAUGGAGUUGUUACGGAACAAGGAAGGUAAAGGGUUUGAGUUCUUUGAAUGGGCUUCUUUCGCGGAGGGCUAGGGCAAGGCGAAGGCGUAAAGCAGGAAUUGUGUGUUUAUGUGUCUGUCUGUCUGACACACACACUCUCUCUCUUACCUCCAGUGUCCUCUGGGCGGGCUUUCUAUUCGUUUUACCCCAUCAUCCUUCAUCUCUAAUUCCUUCUAUCGAGGCUGGUAAAGUAAGAAGCAAGUAUCUGGUAAGGUUCACGCUUCGUUUCCCCGUCUCAAUACUCAUCCGAGUAACGGGGGCAUGCAUUGUCGUUUCGUUCGUGUGCUACAGUCACUCGUUCUUCCAUGCAUGUUCGUUG